CCAUCUGGCAUUGCAUACCCAAGCAGUCAUCUUGGCUCUUCUUACCAUUGGUCUUACAAUGUUCGGCUUGCGUUCCACAUACAUUUUCGUCAUACCACUAAUUUUCUACGUUCUAUCCUUGACCCUUAACUUAUUGACCACUUUACACGAUCGUGGCUAUGCCUGGGCAGGUCUAGUUAAGGCGGGUCAGAUAAUUCCUUUCUUGUGCAGCAGCUACGUCGCCUACCUAUUCAUAGUUAUUUUAACACCAAUGGGUGGUCGUGGUGGCAGUUCUGCAAACCAGGAUUUAUACAUAGCAUUAUUGGCAGCACUAGGAACGAUUCUUUCAUUUGGUUUCUUGAUUCCACUUAUAAAUACUUUCCGCCGACCCAGCUUUGUGCUGUUGUCUCUGCUUGCAAUCACAGCACUCUCUAUGUAUUUGGCAAGUAGCACGCAACUCGGAUUCCCCUAUAGGCCAAAGACCAGCGGACAGCGAGUUGCAUAUCUGCAAGUGCGAAAUAUGUUCUAUGAAUACGAUGGCACUCGGAGUAAAGAUGAGUCUGGCUAUCUGUUUAAUUUUCAAGACCGACGUGAAGAGAAACCUUUCGUGGGUACAAAAGUUAACUUAACUGGCUUGGUUGACAUAAAAUCGCAAUGCGAGACUCACAUGAUGUGUGGCAUGCCACUAUUUGACUAUCGCUACGUCGGGAAUCGACUACAAAGCAAAUGGUUGCCCCGCUCUGAACCUAUUGUACCCCCAGGACUAACCACAUUGAAAGUGCUUAACAAAAGCAUUGUAAACUCAACCACAGUGCGCUUUGAGUUUGAAUUGACGGGUCCCUCGCACAUGAGUCUAUUCAUUCAACCCUAUGAAGACGUAAAAAUGAGCAACUGGUCGUUUUCGCUUACUUAUCUUAACAACCCACCACCGAAGCCGUUAUCAUACCAUGUUUACAUUGGUUUUGGUAUUGAUAGCUCGCCGCUAAAGUUCUGGUUGGAGUUUUCGAAAUGGAAUGGCGAUUUUAAGGUUCCGCUGUUCCAAAUGGGUGUGUCGGGUCAUUAUAUUGGAGAUGAGGGGGACGAACAAAGCCAGAAAUUUAAAUCUUCAUUUCCCUCCUAUUCGAUUGUGGCCACUUGGCCUUCUGUAUACAUGCGCUACAUAUUUUAACUGUCGGAACCAAUCAAGAAAUAAUAUUAAUAUAA